ACUUGUCUCUCGACCCUCUCGACCUAUAUCCUUCCUCUCACACCACAACCCGUGCUCUUGUGACUAGGCACUUUUCUCACUCCGCAUGUGAGCCACUGCGUCUCAAAGUGCUCUUCUGGCACUUAGCAUGCCGCUCCUCAAGCUCAGAGUUCAAGGCUAACCCUGCGAUCCAUUCCUUGUCCCUCUACAAGGCUGCCCGAAGGCAAACUCACCUGUCAACCCGCCCUGCCGCUCGUUUUUCGCGAUUUUCCUGUUCGAUAUCAAUAUCAACCAAUUCCAAAAGCUCUCAUCUACCGUCGCUCUCGGUAUCAAGUCCAUUAGACUCGACGGUCCUCCGAAUCCUCCCUGUACAAUUACGAUUAUCCGAAUAAGCAUAUCCCGCAGCUUGAGCGGGCUUUCCCACCUGUCGCAGUCAUGGUCGCUCCACCUUCGACUGGUGGUGUCGCACCACCGGCUGCGACUGUGAAGCCAUCAUCAAGCGCUCCGAGAAUGAACGGUGCUCCUCCUGCCACCAUGACCACGCCCUCGUUUCCAUACAGUGCCCGCCGUGCUCCACCUCUUGAUUUGCGAACCGUCGAGCGCAAGGGCCAUGCCUACAGUCGCGAUCCCCCAGCGAGAAGGAGACUUCAUGACCUACCCGAAGCCCCAACUUUCCGACCUACAGAGGCAGAAUUUCGUGAUCCGAUGGAGUAUAUUCGCAGUAUAUCGGAGAAGGCCAGAAAAUACGGUAUUUGCAAGAUCAUCCCUCCAGACAACUGGAAUCCAGAUUUCGCCAUUGAUACAGAGCGCUUCCAUUUCCGCACUCGGCGCCAGGAGAUCAACCUGGUCGAAGGAGGGAACCGCACAAAUCUCAACUACCUAGACCAGCUGGCCAAAUUUCACAAACAAUAUGGCGCACACCUCAAUCGGUUUCCCUCGGUAGAUAAGCGUCCGCUUGACCUUUAUAAACUCAAGAAAGCCGUCGAAGUCAGAGGUGGCUUCGAACGGGUCUGCAAGGACAAGAAGUGGGCUGAGAUUGGGAGAGAUUUGGGAUAUAGUGGGAAGAUCAUGUCAUCACUAUCCACGUCCCUCAAGAAUUCCUAUCAGCGAUGGCUACAUCCCUAUGAGGAAUGGCUGAAGUAUGCCAAACCCGGCGUUCAGCAGCAGCUCGACAACGAACAUGGUGGAGCGUACUCGCCCUCGGUCAUGCCCCAUCAGCCCAUGGUCACCCACCCACCUCCUUCAUCACAGUCUGCUCCGCCUGUCAUGGCAGCAGAUUCUCCAAAGACCCAGCCCGCAAGACCUCUAACUCCCCAAAUACAGAAUUCUCCGGGCCCAUCGCAGCAGCAGCCACCCGUAACCUUGGUACCCCCUGCCGCUCAAUCACGACCAGUAUCAUCCUCGGGCUUCACUGCAGUCAACAGUGGUUUCACUGCGGUAAACAACCCUUCAGGUUUUACGGCCGUCAAUACCCUCCCACCUCCUCCGGUCAAGAAAGAAGUCAACGGCCUGCCGCCAUCAACUCAAAGUCCGGCUUCAUCCUUCCCCGCCAUCAAUGGGCCGACAAUCACGACGAUACACUCAACUGGUAGUUCAAUACCGAAUGGGACACCGAACCCUCUGAAGAGGACUUUGAGCCAUGAUAGUCUCAAUGGUGAGUCCGGCUCGGAGGGACUCGAUGGCGAAGGCGAUGCAGCAAAUGGCAGACGGAGCAAGAGGCCGAAGAAAGAUGGUAUGCCCACAAUUCCGGGCAACCAUAUUCCUGCCAUGCGCCCGACAACCCCCCAAGUGCGCACCAAAACGGCACCCCGGAGACAUGGCGAGAAAUGUGAGAAGUGCGGCAAGUCAGAAAACAAGGAGAGCAUCCUUGUUUGCGAUAGCUGCGAUACGGGCUACCACAAGCAUUGUGUGGAACCACCUUUGAGCCAUAUGCCCGAGUAUGACUGGCACUGUUCGAAAUGCCUGGUUGGGACAAAUGACUAUGGUUUCGAGGAAGGCAGCGUCUACUCUUUGAAGCAAUUUCAAGAGAAGGCCAACAACUUCAAAGAGCAUUACUUUUCUGCCCGAAUGCCCUUCGACCCUGUUUCUAAUACGCCAAGAAAGCCAACCGAGGACGAUGUCGAACGUGAAUUCUGGAGACUAGUCGAAGACAUCACCGAGUCAGUCGAAGUUGAGUACGGUGCAGACAUUCACUCGACAACUCAUGGCAGCGGUUUCCCUACAGUGGAGAAGAACCCUCUCAAUCCAUAUUCGAAGAGCCCAUGGAACUUGAACGUCAUGCCCUUCCUCGAAGAGUCGUUGUUCAGACACAUCAAGGGUGACAUAUCCGGGAUGACGGUCCCGUGGCUGUAUGUGGGCAUGUGUUUCUCGACGUUUUGCUGGCACAAUGAGGAUCACUAUGCAUAUUCGGCAAAUUACCAACACUUUGGUGCGACCAAAACUUGGUACGGCAUUCCUGGCAAGGACGCGUAUCGUUUCGAAGAUGCAAUGCGAAAAGCAGUGCCAGAAUUGUUUGAGACCCAACCUGAUUUACUUUUUCAGUUGGUCACCAUUCUUCCACCACAUCAACUGAGAAAGGCGGGGGUUGAGGUUUACGCCCUCGACCAACGGGCAGGUCAAUUCGUAAUCACAUUCCCUCAAGCUUACCAUGCGGGAUUCAAUCAUGGUUUCAACUUCAACGAAGCUGUUAAUUUUGCGCCUGCCGACUGGGAAGAGUUUGGCGAGUUGGGCGUGCAGCGACUGCAGGAAUUCCGCCGUCAACCAUGCUUCUCGCAUGAUGAGCUCCUCUUCACCGCCGCGGCGUCAGAUACAACAAUUAAGACCGCGAAGUGGCUGGGACCUGCGCUUGAGCGAACUCGAACUCGAGAAUUGGCCGAGCGUCAAAGUUUUGUGGCAAUGCACAAGCGGCAUUUUCCCCACGACGACUGUACGUUCGAUACAUUGGCUCCUGAGCCAUCCGAGUCCUGCGGCCUCAUCAUCAAGAUCGAGAACGCCGAGCUUGAAGAGGAAGAAUAUCAGUGCUGCUAUUGCAAGGCAUUUUCCUACCUUUCACAAUUUCGGUGCCACCGCAGUGGCAAAGUCACAUGCCUUUUGCAUCCUGAAGUGUCUGAUUGCUGCUCUGACUCUCCUAGUGAAAGGCUGAGGGGACCCAACCACAGUCUUCUGGUCCGCUACACCAACCAAGAGUUGAGCAAUAUUGUCCAGAAAGUGGUGGACAAAGCAAACGUACCUGAAGCAUGGGAGGCAAAAGUAGAGGCCCUACUGGCCAACGAAGCUCGGCCUGCGCUCAAGUCUAUGCAUACGCUACUGACAGAAGGUGAGAAGAUACCACAUACGCUGAAGGGUCUAGAUGAUCUAGCCGAUUUUGUCAAGAAGUGCGACCAAUGGGUGGAAGAGGCGAACCAGUAUCUCACCAGGAAGCAGCAAAACAGACGAAAGAAUGAGAAGGCCUGGCGUCGAUCUUCCCUUCGGACCGGCCGGCCAGAGGACAAGGACAGCGAGCCACAACUCACCGUGGAACGCAUGAAGGAGCUGAUCGAAGAUGGAGAACUGCUCGGGUUCAGUGCCCCUCAGCUGGAAAGUUUGAGAGAAAAGGUCACCGUUGUCGAUGAAUGGCGGGCGAGUGUGAACCGCAUCCUCACAGGCCAGCACCAAGCUACUUCCGACGAGUUAGAGGGUCUGCUCGAAGAAGGUCGCGGCUUCAUGGCUGCUAUGCCUGAACUCACAAACUUGGAGCAAGUUCACGCGCGCACCCACUGGCUUGAAGAAGUCCGACAAGUUCAGAAAGAUGUUCAAUCAAAGACACUUGAUGAUUGCAAAGAGCUUCUUAAGCGCACUUCGGAACUGGAAAUCUCUCUACAGAUGCCAGAAGUCUUGUUUCUGACUGAAGUGGUGAGACAAGGCGAGUUCUGGGAGAUCAAAGCAAAAGAAGUCAUGGCAGCCGAGGAUGUCCACUAUCCCCAGCUGGAAUCACUACAUUCUCAAGUGCAGAAUCAGGUUUUCCCUGUCAACAAGGAGACUUUGGAGCAGAUGGAUGUCAUUCUGGCCAAGAAUCGCGAGGCAAAACGCCAGAUCAUAACUUUGGUCGAACGAAGCCACGAUCCAGACUUCCGAAAGCGUCCAAUGUAUGCGCACGUCAGGGAUGUCGUCAAGAGCUUUGAGGAUCUAAAUGGGAAACCUCACGGCGCCUCCGACUUGGAGAAAGAAUUGAGACGACAUGAAGAUUGGAUGAGACGGGGCAAGAAACUCUUCGGCAAGGCCAAUGCUCCGCUUCACAUACUGGAACAACACAUGAAGUUUGUGGAGGAGAAAAACAACUACUGCUUCGACCUGAAUGAUACGUUCAGGCCGCCGGUUGAGCCCGCGUCACGAGAAGCCACGCCCAUCGAGGGUCAGGAGAAGGGCGCACUCGGCGACGAGGAGAAACCUGUUUUCUGUAUUUGUCGUCAACCCGAGGCGGGGCUUAUGAUCGAAUGCGAAAUCUGUCAUGACUGGUACCAUGCCAAAUGUCUCAAGCUUGCCAGAGGAAAGGUCAAGGAGUGUGAGAUGUUUACCUGUCCUAUUUGCGAUUGGCGAGUCAAGAUUCCUCGCGAUGCAGCCCGACCGAAACUUGAAGACCUACAAAUCUGGCAGGAUGAAAUCCAGGAUCUCCCAUUUCAACCGGAGGAAGAAGAACUGCUCAAGCGAAUAAUCGAUAAAGCGCAGGCAUUUCGGGAGUUCCUCAUGCGAUACACGACUGGCAGUCAACUUUGUAGGACAAUUGAGGAGAUGCCAGAAAUGCUCUUUUAUCUCCGCAAGAUUGAGGGCGCAGAGGUCCUCCUGGCAUUUGAGACCAAUGUAUUACGGCAGGAGCUGCACAAAUGGCAGCCCAUUGCUCCCGAACCCCCGCCUAUUUUGGACCAAAGUUUGUCGACACGAAAGCCCCGACCGACAAAGCAGCAGAAGUUGAUGAAGGAGCUGGGAGUCGAGAAACCCGAGGACCUACCAGCACAUUUACGGACAAAGACCUAUGUGCGGAGAAAGACGCAAGAAUCGUUUGUCACUGGACCUUUGCUUCCGAAGCCGUCGACGCAAUCACCGUCAGCUCCGGGCUCCACUGCGAGCCCAAGUCAUAACGGUGGAAACGCCGAAGGCUCGUCUGCCAUGCAGAGGCAAGGAUCCAACGAUCAUACUGGCCCAAGCAGGGCGUUUGAGCCUGGCUACAUGUCAGGCUCAUCCUUUGCAGAACGUCGACCUUCUCCCUUCUCACCCAACUCGCCCUCAUUGUUCAGCCCCACUCGCGAAGCACCACAUGAAGAGUUGAGGGAUCCGAUGAUGCCCACAUUUGGUGGAGAUGGCUCGGAAGGACGAAACCACGACCCGUCAUUCCCCAUGUUCCGAUCGGGUACUGGGUUGGGUCUGGAUGCCGACGACGAUAUACGGAGUGGACUAGCCAAUGCAUCUGCGAGUGCCGCCAACUCUGCCAGGGAGGGCUCUCCUUCGGGAGGGGGUGAAUACGACCAUAUGUUCAUGGACAUGACGAAUCCAGAUGCGGACACGAGUAACGAUCCUGUGCCGAGUCUGGAACAAGAGGCCAGUCACGCGAGUGAGGCACUCGAUAUGAUUCGAACUGCGAGCAAUGAUUCGGUGAACGACCAUGCGGACUUGGAGGACGGAGAAAACGUCUCGAAACAUUUUGACGACUUUAUCAACGGAGACGAACAGAGUUGAAGAUGGGUAUGGAUUCCUGGCGUUUGCGCGAAGGGGAAAAUAUCAAUAACCAUCAUCGACACUGGGACUUAGCACGUAUGGCGAGUCAUCAAAAAGGAGUUGUAUGCAGCUACCUCGGGGACUGUCGGGACUUUGACAUUUGAGGGGAUUCAUCUGUACGGAUUAUCCUGUUAUCACGACUCAUAGAACAGCGAGGUGGUACGGAGGCUUAGGGAUGGCCGGAUGGUUAUGGUGAUGGCAGUUUCACGGGCUAGAAUAUGGCGGUAUAGCUGCAUGCUUUUGGACUUCUGUACAAGACCUGAGAUAGGGACAAUGGCUACCAGUCUCGCUGUUUGUGUCCAUGUCAUAUUCCAACC